UACAACUGUCACUGUCAAACAGUUUAGUUUGAUGCGUGUGGGUUGUUAGGUGUAUUGCUAAUUGCCGCUUUAAAAUUAUAAAUAAAAGUGUGACUUGAAAACUAUUAUCACCUGGAUAAUUAGCUGCUAUAAUUGUUUUAAUCCCUACCUAAUCUAAUACUUUACAAUGGCUACAGUGCAUGAACCUACGGUGGUUGGAGUGUCGCCAUUUAAUGCUGUGGAGGAUGCAGCUGCACUCCGUGCUGCCAUGAAGGGUUUUGGCACUGACGAGGAUGCAAUUAUAGCUAUCCUCACCUCUAGGUCGAAUGCCCAGCGUCAGGCUAUCUCGCAGGCUUUUACACAUGAAUAUGGGAGGGAUCUAAUCGAAGACCUGAAGUCUGAACUCGGUGGCCACUUCGAAGACGUGAUCAUCGCGCUAAUGUCGCCACCGGCCGAAUACCUCUGCCGCGAGCUCCACCAUUGCAUGGACGGCAUGGGGACUGACGAGAAGGUGCUGGUCGAAAUACUGUGCACUCGCACGAAGAAGGAAAUAGCGGAGAUCGUGGAGACUUAUGAGAGAUUAUACAACCGACCUUUAGCUGAGCACAUGUGCUCAGAGACUUCCGGCGAUUUUCGCAGACUGCUCACUCUUAUUGUCACUAGGUCUGCUCAGGGCGCGAGGGACGAAGAGGCUGGCGUGGACCAGGGCCGCGCGGCGGAGGCUGCUCAGCAGCUGUUCGAUGCGGGGGAGGCUAAGUGGGGCACUGAUGAGGAGAUAUUUAACAAGAUUUUAGCCCACGAGAGCUUCGGCCAAUUGCGCGCCAUUUUCGAAGCGUACAAGAACCUAUCCGGCCGGACCAUCGAGCAGGCCAUCAAAGCUGAGAUCUCUGGCGAACUCGCUGAGGCAUUGAGCGCGAUUGUGGAGUGCGUCGAGAACGCGGCCGCGUGGUUCGCGCAACGGUUGCGGGAUGCCAUGCAAGGGCUCGGCACCGACGACCGGACCCUCAUCCGGAUCCUGGUCUCGCGGGCCGAACUCGACCUGGGGGCCAUCAAGACGGAGUACGAGAGGCUCUACGAUAAGACGCUGGCCAGCGAAGUGAGGGGCGAGACGUCCGGCGACUACAGGAAGGCGCUCAUCGCACUUCUUGGCCCGGCCUGAAGAAGAUAAGGCCCAGAUGUUUUUGGCAGCUUGUGGAUUCAUGAGAAUCUCCAUUUAUUUGCCGUUUUAAUAUUUAUUAUACGAUACUACUUUGUAUGGUACUAAUCUAUUGAAAUUCCCAGUAAAUCUACCUGAUAGGAAUAUUUGUAGACAAGAUAUUUAUUAUACACAAUGAUUCCUUAAUAAAUGUGGCCUUAGAUAAUACUAAAUGUGCUUUGAUUGUUAUAUUAGAAUAAAGAGAUUAUUUAGAAUUGUAAAAAUAUAAUUUUUGACAAUGCAAACAAAAA